GAGCGACUCUGUGGAGUGCACAAACUGGUUCGUUUGCCUGGCCGCCGGUGCUGCUGCUGCUGCUGCUGCUGCUGCUGGAACAUCUACAGCGACAACGGAGGGAAACUGGAACACUGACGCGGCUCUUCACUCAUUUCGGAGGAAUAUCGCGGCUUUUGCACCUUUUCUGUAAGGCGUUCAUACUUAAAGAGAAGAGCCAAGUCCUUCGUCCAUGGCCAGUCCGGUUACAGACCUUGGACAGUCUCAUCAGCAUCAACCUGUGCCGGAGUCGGCCGCCGACUCUGCGUUUCUGGAGGCUCAGAAAUGGAUCGAGGCUGCGACUGGACGGUGCUUUGGUGACAAAGAUUUCCGAGGACGUUUGGAGAACGGGAUUCUGCUGUGCGAGUUACUGAGCUCCAUUAGACCUGGCUUGGUAAAGAAAAUUAACCGACUGCCAACACCAAUAGCUGGCCUGGACAACCUGAGUGUUUUUCUGCGAGGCUGUGAGGAGUUGGGACUUAAAGGCUCGCAGCUGUUUGACCCAGGAGACCUGCAGGACACAUCCACACGUCCUGCUGCCAAGGGAAGCGACUGCAGCCGAAGGCUCAAAAAUGUUUUAAUCACCAUCUACUGGCUGGGUUGUGCUGCCAACAGCUGCACCUCCUACAACGGGCCCACGCUGGACCUAAAAGAGUUUGAGGGCUUGCUGUCACAAAUGCGAAAGGAGGCAGAGGCGGCAGAAAGUCCUCAACGCAGCAUUCGGGACAGUGGUUACAUCGACUGCUGGGACUCUGAACGCAGUGACUCGCUCUCCCCGCCACGCCACGGACGCGAAGAUUCAUUCGACAGCCUGGACUCCUUCGGCUCGCGCUCGCAACAGACUCCGUCGCCGGAUGUCCUGGUCCCACGCGGCAGCAGUGAUGGCCGCGGCAGUGACUCAGAGUCCGACGGCACCCCUAACAGGAAGAUGCCGGACCUGCACAAGGACGACAUGUUGGCGCGGCGGACCUCAGUCACUGAGUUGCGCACCGCCAUGCCUUUCAACCAGUACCUCCCCAACAGGAGCAACCAGAGUGGAUAUGUGCCGGCACCGCUUCGCAAGAAGAAUAAUGAAAAGGAGGAGGGAGGCCACAAGAGCUGGAGUACCGCUACAUCACCUGUAGGGGGAGGCAGACCCUGUAGGAGUCUGAGUAUGAUCGACAUGCGUGGUGAAAACGAGGGCAUCUUGCAGCCGCACAGUCACAUUCGUCAUGAACUGAUGCACAACCAGUACAACAGAAUAAAAGAAGAUGAGAAUCACUGGCAGGACGACCUGGCCCGAUGGAAAAGUAGGAGGAGGAGUGUCUCUCAGGAUCUGAUCAAAAAAGAGGAGGAGAGGAAAAUGAUGGAGCGACUGAUGUCAGGAGACAGCUGCAUCUCUCAAAGAAGAAAAAGCAUCAAAACCUACAGAGAAAUUGUGGAGGACAAGGAGCGGCGUGAGGAGGAGCUGCGGGAGAUGUACCGGAAAGCCAGAACUCCAGAGGAGGCGUCGGCCAUCCUCCAGCGCUACGCCCAGCGUUUCUCCAUCAGCGAGGCCGUCCUGGAGCGCCUGCAGCUGCCCAAGCUUCUGGACCGCAGCUUGUCGGCCGACCCCUCCUUUCCCAACUCGCCCUUCUCCCUCUCACUCUCCUCCUCCCCCACGACUCCAGACCCUUUUGACGAGGCGCCCGACGGGCCACUGAGGUACCUGCGGCAGCAAUCUGCGCCGGCGCCACGGUUUACGUCCACACUGGAGGCGCAGAUUGAAGAGUUUCCCAAAGACUCGAGCUCACACCAGCGGCCUCAGAUCCGCUCUCGCUCUUCUGAACCACCGUCCACCCGGGCCCUGUCACCCAAGCCUUUGCUGACACCAAAGCCUUACUUUCAGCCCCGACCGUCGACUGAUGAAAAAUGGAAUAGCAAGGCGGACGGUUUGCUACGAGUAAACGGCGACAUCAGAAAUGAUGCCAGUUCCAUGAAGUCGGAGAGCAAAGAAAGGGACUCCCCUCCCCUGUUCCAGGCGUCUCCAGAUGCCCCCCCAUCAGACGCUUCACCCGCUCUCAGUCCGCCCUCCUCCCCCGAAAGAGGAAGUCCAGUGUUAACAAAAACCAGCCGCAGACAGAGCAACAUGGAGGCAGCCUCAGUCACUGAGGGUUCGCCCACUCCCACUCGGCCUACUUCUCUUCCUGAGGAGCUAAAGCAGCCAGAGGACAGCUUUGUGGAGACGGAAGGCCCUAAAGAUGCUUCUCAACAGGAAGAAAAAUCAACUACUGCAGCUCAGAAAGCGCCACCUGCAGAAUCUAAAUCGGAGAAGACUGAACAGUCCACAGGGAACGUACUGCAGAUUCUCCCAACUGAGAUAAACACACCAAAUGACUCGGCCGUAACAUCAAUGGUAAGAGUUUCCUCCUGUCAGGAGUCUUUUGAGGGAGCGGAGACGGCACCGAGUCCAGCUGCACCCGUAUCGCUCGGACAUAACCCCCUGAGGGAAACGUCAUCAGAGUUUGAAAUCAGUGUCAAGUCCCCGCAGUCCUCCAGCAACCCUAAGUCACGCUGGGAGUUCUUCGCUCCACCAGAAGCUGCAGAGAAAGAUCUACAUGGAAAUGUGUCAGUCCCGGUGUUGGCCAAGGCCAGGCGGGAAGACCGCUGGUCUUGGGACCCGGAUGAGGAGCGAAAGCGUCAGGAAAGGUGGCAGCAAGAGCAGGAGCGCAUGCUGCAGGAAAAAUACCAGCGUGAGCAGGAGAAACUGAAGGAGGAGUGGGAAAAAGCACAGAGGGAGGUGGCGGAGGAGGAGAGGAAGUAUCAUGAGGAGGAGUGUCGGAUACUGGAGGAGACUGUGAUGCCUCUGACGCCCCGCUCCUCAGCACUGCCCUCCCCCAGCCGAGGGGGGCUCUCCUCCACCUCCGAGCCACAGGACACGAUUGUGCGUUCGCUGGCAGAUUGGGAACGAAAACAGGAGCUACUGGAGAGACAGUCUAGAGGAAGUACAGAGAGUGCAGACUGGAAAAGGAAAGAAAAUGACAGAACCAGUGACAUCAGCACUGCUGACGACAGCAUGAAGACCGGCAGAAGCUUGGUGAGCCAGAACAGCAGUCAGGCAGAGAGACUUGGUCACAGUGUUCACAACGGCCAAAAGCUUCCUCCUACGUCCCCCAAAUGUUCAACUCCACCCAAGAAGCAAUCAGGGCCUGAAGGCACCAGAACCAGCCGGCCUGCUGGAGAACGAAGGUGCGGCCCCACUGAUAAUAAUGUAAGAAGCUCAUCAAAGCCCCUCGCAGCAUGUCCAUCAGCACCAGACACAUUUCCCCCACCGCCCAACAGGUCUGUCAGUGGGAAGAAGCUGUGCUCCAGCUGUAGUCAGCCUCUGGGGAAGGGAGCAGCCAUGAUCAUAGAGACUCUCAGCCUCUACUUCCACAUCCAGUGCUUUAAGUGUGGGGUGUGUAAAGGACAGUUAGGUGACACAACCACGGGGACAGACGUCCGGAUCAGAAACGGACUCCUCAAUUGCAACCAAUGUUACAUUCGUUCCCGCUCGGCCGGACAGCCGACCACAUUGUGACGCUCGAGUGAAAAGCACAAGGUUUACAGAAGAAAGCCUCAUUCUCAUUUUAACCUGAUUAUCCACCAAUCACGUCCUGCGCAGCCUGUUGGGAUGUAUGCUUCCUCUGCUGCUCUGUGACCACCGAAGAUGCAUCAUAUGGGCCAAAUAGACAUCUGGGAACUGUUGAAUGUUUAAAACAAGAACAUAUAUUCUCUGUGCUCAUGUCAUCUGGUACGUGAGUGAAUUCUGGAUUCAAUUUAUCCUCGUCUUUCCAUAAAACAUGUUUCAUCAUGCAGUGAGUUUGUUUUAAGGCGGCAGCCAUAUUGGAAAAAAACCCACAUUGAACACACUGAGAGAAAUCUGACCACUUUUCAUACUGGGAAAAAUCACAAAAAUACGAUGCAAUCUGUUUCAGAUUAAAGAUUGAUGUUGUUCCAAGGGAUACAAAUCGAAGUUGGAGGGCAGAAAAGGAGAUCAGCUAGCUCAUUCUGAAUUUUCUGAAGGUAUAAACACUAUUUUUCCCCUUCAGGUAAAUAAUAUUUGAAUUUAUAUGGUAAAUUACAAAAGUACAUUGAAGCUAUGAAUAAACCUUUAGAAACACAUAAAAUAUACAAAAGUAAAUAUUUUUUCACCCUUGACUGUCAUAUAAAAGCUUUUGUUUCUGUAAAGAAUGUAAUUAAAUUCUAAUAUAACGCUAUAGAGCAAUUUGGGCUUAUUUUAAAGGCAAUAAUGUGAGUUGUGAGCUAUUUGGUUGCAGCAGAUUGUUCCGUAUGCAGUCUGUCUGGUUGUAUAGCCAACAGUUUAAUGUGCCUUAGGAAGUGGAAAUGAUGUAGGAAGCAAAGCACCAGAUGUAUGGUGUCUUAUUUCGGCACUAUUUUCAUUUCGUGACAAGUGAUUUGGUCAAAUUUAAAGUUGGAUAGUGCAGAAAAGCAAACUCCAUCCCUCCGUCAGCCUCUUAAUCACUGCUGUUUAUUUUCAUACAAACAUAUUCAAUUUCAUCAUCUCCCUUUGAUUGCCCUGUGAUCUGUAAUGGCGAAUGACAAAAGAAAAAACAUUUGUUACACAAUAUGCUGUGUUCUCCGUACUGCGGGGCAAAUAUGGGUUUCAUUUUGAAUGUUUGUGAUAUUUAAUGUGUAAGAAUCAGGCUUAUUUUGGUCAUGUCUCAACUGUAUAGUUCAUUUAUGCGCCUGAAAAAAACAUAAACAUCUGUUGUAUUUGAAACAUCUAUCAUCAGCAGAGGUAAUAUGAAGACAUACCAGCAGCAGCUGCACCUGUGCAAUGUUUGGUUGGUUUAAAACUAAAGACCUGUCCUGCCAGCUGCACAUUUAGGACUCUUGCUAAGAGCUUGGUUAUAUGUUGUGGGUGUGUUGAAAAAAAUGCAUGAGUAAGCAUAAAACCAACUGAUUUGCUGUAUGAAAGUAAAGCAGCCUAAACUUCCUUGUGCUGAACAGGCUUCACCUUCGGGGUCAUCUCUUACUUUUUCUGAUCUGCAGUAUUUUAGGAUCAUUUUCCAGCUGUUGUAUUUUUAUUUUUUAAUCCUCAUUUAGCUGAUGAGUAAAUCAAAGACGAGUCUUUUAUAGCCGUAUCUUUGAGUCUGAGCUCCUCUCCCAGAGGGUUUUAACAGAACAGUAGGGAAUGGAAACCUUUUUGCAUCUGUACUGUAUUUAUUGUAUAAUAUUCACCUUGAACACUAUUCGGAAUAUAGUUUCAUUUGAUGUUUAAAUGCAAUGGCAUUUAUUAUUACAUUACUGUAUGUUUAUAAAUAAAUAUUAUAAAUCAAAGAUA